UUUGGUGAAAGUGAAACUAAAAACUAACGCUGGGUUUGCAGGGUGACACCGAACCAUCUGCUUGGUGCUGUGUCUGACAGCACAGAAGAGAACCUGCAAACAGACUGAUUAUAGACAACCAUGAAGAACUUUACCAAAUUUUAUAAACUGACCCUGGUCGCUGUUUCCUGCCUCAUCCAAGCCUGCAGCGGCGGCUGUCCGGUGUUGGAGUGCUGGUUUGUGCAGGAGAAAGCAGUUCGAGGUGGAGGCUUGACCGCAGCAACGAGCCAGGAGAAAUCACUACUUCACAUCAGGACUGACCCACAGAGCACAGAGAGACGCAAGUCUCCAUCCGACAUCAGCCCUGACAGAAUCUACCUCAUCACCGACCCGGCUGCCACUCUCUGCCACCGCUCCCUCAACCCUCCCAGAGGCUCCGUCGAGAAUCCCCGCUGCGAGAUGAACCCCUUCCUGCCGCAUCCCUCCAGCCUCAAGUGGGUCUUCUCCCUCACAGAGUCAGCCUUCAGCCCCGUGUACCUGCAGGCCGACUGGUUUUCAGUUGCUCUCCAGAGCCUCAAGGAACCACUGGGCGUAACUACGGUCACGCGUGCUCCUACAGGAUCCAAAGAGCAGAAUGUGGUCCUGAGCGUGACCAGUAAAACGAUGUCGGUUCAGUCCAGACUCGGGGAGCCGGUGCUGCUGGACUGCGGCUUCUGGGCCGACCCGUCCUCUCCUCUGUCCGGGAAAGGUUUCGCUGUGGAGUGGCGCUACCAGUUCAAGGGCCACGGGCGACUCGUCCUGGCCUACGACGGCAAGACGGACCGCCUGGCCGACACGCAGGAGAAAGGGGCCACGCUGGACUUCGAGGCUUUGCACGAGAAGGGAAACGCGUCGCUGAUCCUGCAGGAGGCCGAAGUGCGUCACUCCGGGACGUAUAUCUGCACGGUGUUCCUGCCCUACCUGGUGGCUCAGGUGGCAAUAGAUCUCGAGAUCGUAGAGCCCCCGUCUCUCUCUAUCCACCCCUCCACUCUGCCCCUCACUGUCCCGGGUCAGACCUUGAACAUCCAGUGUGAAGCGUCCGGCUUCGCCCCCUUAACCCUGGAGCUGAGCUGGGAGUUUAAAGGUGCCGACGGGAAAAUUAUCCCCUUAGGAUCAGGCAGCGUCACGGGCCACCGGCAGGCCUGGGACGGCACCUACGGCCAGACCACCCGGCUGGAGCUGGACACGUCUAAACUGGACCUGGGCAGAAGAGGGGAGGUCACCUGCGUGGCCGUCCAUCCCGGGGGGACACGGCGGACCAGUGUGACCCUCAACCUCAUCGGGUUCAGUAGUCCCUCCAUCGAGGACUCCAUGGCUAUGGUUGGCGUGGCGCUCGUACUCUACGGCCUCAUCAAGUUUGUGUCGUGGACCUUCACCAGCUCAGAUGAAGCGGAUAUACAGGAAAAGAAAGAGAAGUAACGAUGAAAAUGGUCAGCUGUGUGUUUGCGAGACACUGAACCCUGGGUGAGAUUUAAGAAGUGGCUGCCCGCCUGUUCCUGUAGACACUUACUUCCAUGUGUGUCCAGGGAAAUCCAGACUGCAUUCCUGUUUGGACUCAGCUACAUUCAAGCUUUCUCUCUGGGAAUGGACAUGUGGCUCAGUGUGAAGAUGUUGUGAUAUUCCUUGAGUCUUACUUUUUUAUGGUGAUAUACAGCAGCUGUUGCUGCACACACACACUGGAAAAGUGAAAGAAAUUUGUAAAUGAUAAUUUGUUGAAAUCAGAGCUUUAAUUUGGCGACACUUCCUCUCUGUGCAACCUUACGAACUCAACCCCGAGACAUGCUGCUCCCAAUUUGUUUGUUUAUUCAUGUGUCACAUAUACAUUUAUGCCAGGAAAAUAAGGAGGAAAAUGUGUAUAUCACUGCAGAUAACAAACUUAAAUAGCACAUCAUACAGUUUUGGAUGAAUGAAACAUUAAGCUGCUACAGUGUUUAUGGUUUCUGGUAAAUUUAACCUGUUGACACUAAUGAGAAAGAGGGAUUUCCAUUUGUCCUUUCAGAGUAAAACCAACUAAAUUUUGCAGCAGAUUCACAUAAAUUGAGACAUAAUAAAAUGAGAUAUAAUAUAUAAUAAUAUUUUACAAAAACAUUUCCUGACAUAUGGCUUUAUAUAAUAAAUUAAUGAGAGGAAUUAAAUAUAAUAAUAAUAAAAAUCAAUAUAUAUAUAAAUAUAUCACAUAAAAUAGGUAGUAAAACAUUAAAAUAAAGAGCUAAUGCAUAAACAUGCAUAAUGCAUAAAGACAACGACAGGUAGAGGAGCAAAUUAUGUAGAUUAGUGGCUGAGCAAAAUAUACCAAGGAGGAAUUUAGAUCUCUCCCCAACUCUAUCACAUCCCAUCCAUCAAACACCCUUGAAAUACAAGUUCAACUUUGCACAAAAGUGUCCAUUGUCAGCUGCAGACUUGCUGUUGUUUGCUGCAUCAUGUACGCAUGAGCAAUUAAACAUGAUAUAUAAAUAAUGUACAGUCCUGUGGAAUACAACUAUAAAUGUA